GUCAUUUACAUGUUCAUACAUUUUUGUACCUUACAGGUUGCAUCUUUCGUUACACUCCAAUACUCAAUCAUGUCUUAUGACACCACGCAGCAGGUCAUCAGUCCCGAUUUGUUGUUGGACGAUUCAGACCGUCCAUUAGACUACAAUCAUGUCCCGCCUUUUCGUACGCUCUCCAUAUAUGGUAAUACUCCCGUACCUAUGCCUACUGGCUCCACAUCUGGAUGGAGCUGUCCCUUUGAAAACAUGUGCCACGCCGCCUACCUGCCUGGUGAUUGGCUACCGCCAGAGAGUAAGACAUGGCCACGGCGUGGUCCUCCAGAGAAUUACGUGUGCAUCCUUUGUGGAGCGAACAGGACUCCCCUGUGGAGAAGAGACGAUGCGGGUCGGCAUAUGUGUCACAGCUGCAGCGUUGAGCGCGAAGAAAUAGAAAAAGGAGUGCUGUUGAAGAGUAAACGAACAGUGACUCGGCGUGAAGGAACCCGUUGUGUGAACUGCGACACUGCUGAAACAACACUGUGGAGAAAAAACAGUGAAGGACAACUGGUGUGUAACGCAUGUGGACUUUACUACAAACUACACAAGGUCAACAGACCACUGACAUUGAAAAACGAUAAAAUCCAGACCAGGAAGCGCAAAGUGACCAAUCACGGGAUGUGUCACAAGAACAAGAGCCAAUCAGAGCCCAGGACUGUGUGGAAAGAUCAAACAUUAUUUAUGAAGUAGUUCAGGCUUUCUGUGUAAAAUAUUGAAAAUAAAUUGCCUUUCUAUGCUCAAAAUCUUCUGUAGUAAAUAAUCUUCUUAUUUUUUUUAUGGAACAGCAGUGUUUUGGUAACCUGUAAACAUAAAAACCAGAAAUAAAAUAAAACUUUUUUUUUCCCAGAAAUGCUGGUCUUGUUGUCACUCAUUUUUUUAAAAAUUGGGCACAGGAUUUGAAUGUAUGAAGAGAGCACACAGUGAUGAUGAAGACAACGUGCUGCCCUGCAGUAUGUUUCCUUCCCCUCCUCUUGCCCCCUGAUGGAGGCCGAUGUUGUGCAACGUCGGGGGCUUCUGGUUUUCCGGAGAGGAAAAGUUAGAUGGGGAGAAGACAUCAGAUACCAAAGGCAGAUUAUCAACCACAACACUCACACACGCACAGAUGGGACUACACACUCGUACACAAAAGUCUUGAACAGUUGGUGCAUGGUCGACAAACGUUGAAAACUUUAGACCACAAUCUGAAAGCGAAAACUUAGCCCCUCCCUCCUUGUGCAAUACAAUUAAAAAAAACAACAAAACCUUUCAGGCUGAAGAAAAGGCAGAUCGCAGAUCAACGGUGGAUUUUGUGGUCAAUGUUUAUCAACUAUCAAGCAUAAGCCGCUUAGCUGCAGCCUACAAAGAUCAUAAUAUGUGGCAUUUAACA